UUGUGGUUGUUUUGUAAGCUCGUUGUCAGGCUCUGAAGAGGCGCGCUCCUUUUGCUGAACUGUGGUUCCUCUGAGGUUAUCAUUGUUUGCAUUUUGGGAGGGCAGCUGCUGGCCUUGCAGGAAGGUGCUCAGGUUGUGUUGGAGGAGGGCUCCGGGUCGGUUUGGUCUGACUUCCUUCCAGCGUAGGUUAGUUUUUCUCCGGUGUCUCUGAUGCCAGAACAAGGCCCCAGAAUGAACGGUUUCUCUCUGGGCGAGCUGUGCUGGCUGUUCUGCUGCCCGCCGUGCCCCAGCCGCAUCGCUGCCAAGCUGGCCUUCCUGCCCCCGGAGCCCACCUACACCGUGCUGCAGCCCGAGCAGCAGCAGCAGCAGGAGGCCGGGGCGGCAGCCGGGGCAGGGACCCCGACGGGCUCCGGCACCUGCAGCCUGCACUUGAGCGAGCGGGCGGACUGGCAGUACUCGCAGCGGGAGCUGGACGCCGUGGAGGUGUUCUUCUCCCGCACGGCCCGGGAUAACCGGCUGGGCUGCAUGUUCGUGCGCUGUGCUCCCACCGGCCGGUACACGCUGCUCUUCUCGCACGGCAAUGCUGUGGACCUGGGCCAGAUGUGCAGCUUCUAUAUCGGCCUUGGCUCCCGCAUCAACUGCAACGUCUUCUCUUACGACUACUCUGGCUACGGGGUGAGCACCGGCAAGCCCUCUGAGAAAAACCUGUACGCAGACAUUGAUGCAGCCUGGCAGGCCCUCAGGACAAGGUAUGGUGUGAGUCCUGAGAACAUCAUUCUGUAUGGUCAGAGUAUUGGUACUGUCCCCACAGUGGACCUGGCAUCUCGGUACGAGUGUGCGGCAGUCAUCCUCCACUCUCCCUUGAUGUCUGGCCUGCGGGUAGCUUUUCCUGACACCAGGAAAACCUACUGCUUCGAUGCUUUCCCAAGCAUUGACAAGAUCUCCAAAGUCACCUCUCCUGUGCUGGUGAUCCACGGGACCGAAGAUGAGGUCAUCGAUUUCUCCCACGGCCUGGCCAUGUACGAGCGAUGUCCACGGGCGGUGGAGCCCCUCUGGGUGGAAGGGGCUGGGCAUAAUGACAUAGAGCUUUAUGCACAAUACCUGGAGAGACUAAAACAGUUCAUAUCCCAUGAACUUCCCAACUCCUGAAGAAGCUUCCCUGGUUUUACCUCAGUUACUGUGAACGGAAGGAAUGCCCUGGUUUUGCACAUGCUUUAACUGGAUAGCUGUCAGAGCUUUAUACUAUGAAGAACCACCCUGGCUCCAGGGUGUUCCAAUCCAACAGCCGGUGACACUUGUCUUUUAUAUCUGGAAACUACUCCCAUGCACACAGAAUAUGGUCAACUACUGUAAUUCCAAUUUUUAGCUUCGUUGCCCUGGAGGAAGUGGGAAUCCUAGCUGCUUACAGGGACACUUUGUACCUAGUGCUGUGCUAAUCAAAGAUCGGUUUUCUCUGGCUCACUUCAGACCCUUUCUAAUUCAGUCCUACAAAGACUUUUCCUCCCCCCACCCCCUCCCCCCGCGGUGUUCUCAGGGCGGAGAACACGACUGUUAGGAGCUGCAGCUUGUUCUGAACAAUCAGUCAUGGGUUCAAUCCAAGGGAGUGCUUUCUCUGUAAAGUUUCUAGCUGUGGUAUUGUAAACUGGAAAGUUAUUGUGAUGAAGUUUCCCCCUCCUCCCUUCUAGUGUUCUUUUGUUAACUUACUGAUCUUCCCCAGUAAAUUAUUUAAACAUCCUUU